AUGGAUUUUCUGGCUGGCUGCAUUGGAGGAGCUGCCGGGGUCUUAGUUGGGCAUCCCUUCGACACAGUGAAGGUGCGGCUGCAGGUGCAGAGUGUGGACAGACCCCUGUACCGUGGGACGUUCCACUGUUUCCAGUCCAUCAUCCGCCAGGAGUCUGUCUUUGGGCUGUACAAAGGCAUUGGAUCUCCCAUGAUGGGCCUCACCUUCAUCAAUGCCAUCGUGUUCGGUGUCCAGGGAAACGCUAUGCGACAGCUGGGAAAAGACACGCCCACAAACCAAUUCCUGGCAGGCGCGGCUGCGGGGGCCAUCCAGUGUGUGAUCUGCUGCCCCAUGGAGCUGGCCAAGACGCGCAUGCAGAUGCAGGGUACGGGCAUGAGGACGUCCUCCACCAACAAACUGUACAAGAACUCUCUGGACUGUCUGACACGCAUCUACAAGCGCGAGGGUGUGCGCGGCGUGAACCGCGGCAUGGUGACCACGCUGAUCCGUGAGACGCCAGGCUUCGGCGUGUACUUCUUGGCGUAUGACAUGCUGACACGGGGUCUGGGCUGCGAGCCCGAGGACCCCUACAUGAUCCCCAAGCUGCUUUUUGCUGGCGGCAUGGCGGGAAUUGCGUCCUGGCUGUCCACGUACCCGGUGGACGUGAUCAAGUCGCGGCUGCAGGCGGACGGAGUGGGUGGAGUCAACCGCUACAGCAGCAUCGCAGACUGUGUGCGGCAGAGCGUCGACAGAGAGGGGUACAUGGUGUUCACGCGUGGACUCACGUCCACGUUGCUCAGAGCCUUCCCCGUCAAUGCCGCCACCUUUGCCACGGUAACACUGGUGCUGAUGUACGCUCGUGCGGGAGACGACUGUCCCAAAGACUGUGAGCUCGCCCCCCCCACCCAGGCACCACCCACAGAACAGCAGGCUCCGCCCACACAGAUCCAGCCCAGCAGCCUGUAA